UUUUUUUUUCCAUUGACUUUCCAUUGAGCUUUUUUUUUUUUUUCUACUGUAUUGACUUUCCAUUGCAAUGAAGCGAGCAAGCCAACGCGCUGCCAAGACGACCGAGGCUCAGUCUGCGGCCUCCGACACUGAAUCACCAUCGACUACUACUACUGCUGCUGGUGGUGGUGGUGGUGGUGCUGGGCAUGGGAGCGAGCUGCGCGUGGUGCUGGCGACGGCGGCGGACGAGGCUCAGCAGCAGCCUCAGCAACGGCCAGCGGCGCGGACGGGCGAGCCGGCGGCCAUCCCCGCCUUCAUUGGCAAGCUGCUUGCAAUGCUGUCCGAUCCCAACGCAAGCGGCAUCAUUGAGUGGUCGCCCGCUGGCACCUCGCUGCGAGUGAUGAACGCGCCCACGUUCGCCAAAGAGAUGCUCCCGCGCUACUUCAAGCAUAGCAACUUUACGAGCUUUGUGCGGCAGCUGAACAUGUAUGGCUUCCACAAGAUUGUCGGCGUCAUCCAAAACACGCUGCAGAGCGGUGACGAGUCGUGGGAGUUUUCAAAUCCGUACGUCAAGCGCGAUCAGCCCGAGCUGCUCAAGUUUGUGCGACGCAACGCGCCGCCGUCUUCGGCAUCGCAUCCGGCUGCUGGCAGCACUGCUCCUUUGCCGCUGCCGACACAGACACAAGAGGCUACUGCCAUCCUGGCCAUGUCUCCCGGCUCGGCGGCGGCUGCAUCACAGCUCGCCAAUGCGAACGAAAUGAAGCGCCUUGUGACUGAGCUCCAGCACAUCAAGUCGCAACAGCGUGGCAUUAAGGCGCGGCUGGAUCACAUGGAGCAAGACAACAUUGCACUGCAAAAGACGGUCGCCGCCGCUCGCGAUCGCCACGAUGAGCAAGACAAGGUGUUGAAAAAGAUUCUCACCUUCCUCGCGGCCAUCUACGCGCCUGGGCGCACCACUCUCUCCGGUGUCGGCACCGAAACGGGCAACUCGAGCCGCCUUGCCAUCGGAGCUCCGUUCGUUGUGUCGCCUGCUGGCACCAUCAGCACCAAUGCCGGCGGCGCCAUUCCGAUGCCGCCCGCAACCGACGUGCUCACGCCCGGCAUCUGGUCAAGUCCCGCCGCCCCCGCCGUUCUCGACCUGUUUGAUGGCGCAGCCGUGCCAGGUAAGCCGACCAAAUCCACCUCAACCUCCGCCACCGCCUCUCUCCCACUCCAUCUUCGCGUGGCCGACCAAUUACAUCACGAUCAUCUCCGCACUGAGCGCCCGGAUGUUCCUCUGAUCGAAACGGAAAGCGGCUACCCGCCAGUGAUUCCGAUGGAUGUGGCUAGUUUGCCAGAGGUCGCAUUGUCGCCAGCCGAUUUGGAGGCCGUGCGCUUGGACGCUCUUGCUCGCAUGAAAGGCCACCACUACUAUUAUGAGAAUUUGGAAAGUGGUCCCUCCACAGUCAUCGACCCGCCCUCACCCUCCGCAAAUAUUGCUUCUCCUCUUCCUACAACAACAACUACAACAACAUCAUCAUCAGCAGCACUCUCGCAGACUGACAAGGCCUCAACGAUUGCUCGCGCCGCCAACGACCUGUUCUCAAGCUCCCUUGCCAGCGAAGUGGACGACGUUCAGCGGAACAUUGAUUCCGUCACCUCGGGCCUCUUUGCAGGGCAGUAUGGCUUUGACCAGGAUACGCUGAAUGCGCUCAUGACGGAGGCACGACCAGGAUCAUCUCCCAGCGACUACCUCGGCCAUCCAGCGCUUCCCAAUGGCAACAUUGAUGCCGAAACACACAUCGAUGGCCUGCUGCAGCACCUCAACCAGCUUGCCGACAACAACACCUUGCCAGCCACCGUGACACACGCCAUGUAUCCCAACGCGCGCGUGACGGAUCUCGACUCGGACGAGAUUAUGAAUGAGACACGCCUCGUUGAUAUGGCGGCCUAUGCGAACGCUCACGGCAACAAGGACGUCGCGGACGGCAAGGCUCGCAAAGCCCCUCGCUUUGAUCCGGCUGUUUCCGGCAUUGUGGACCUUGACGAGGAGGAUUGGCCACUUGAUUCGACGACAAACAACGCGCCCGAGACAGCCGCCCCGACCAUCGAGGACUUGCCAGUCGGUCGUGGCUUGAAACGCAAGCAUUGAUGAGUGUUAUUGAUCCUAAGAUUUUUUUUCUUGUUGCUGUUGAUCCCUCUGUUAAUGUGUAACUGUUGAUUUUCGUUCAGUGUUGCCAAUCAAUGAAUUUCCAUUUAUUGUCGA